UACACCUCCUGAUUUAAUCAAGGCAGACAACACAGGACGGACAGGAAUCAAACAUUCACUCCAGAGGAGAGAGACAGAGAUGGCAGAGGGUUUCAAUCACAGCAGUUGUGCGGCUUUUGAAUAUAAGCUGGUCCUUCAUAGGGGCUUCGACUUAAUAUCUGGAAUCCACUCUCCUGAGGUGGUGGAUCAAAUUCAUAACUUUGAGAUUCGAGACUCAGAUGUCUUUGUCAUUACUUACCCCAAAUCAGGCACUAUUUGGUUGCAGCAAAUCCUCAGUCUGAUAGAGGUCAAGGGAGAUGUUACAGCGACAAAUGAUCAGCUGAAUUCUCAGCGUGUCCCAUGGAUCGAACUUUUGGACUCUGAGAAACAGUUUGUUUCUGCCCCUUCCCCUAGGAUCCAUGUGUCUCAUCUACCAUACAAAUUCAUGCCACUUGGAUUAAAACAAAAGAAGGGCAAGGUCAUCUAUGUGGCCAGAAAUCCAAAGGAUAUUUUGGUGUCUUACUUCCAUUUUCACAAAUAUGCAAAUAUGCUGGAGACCCCUAAAGACUUUGAUGCAUUUUUUGAGAAAUUCAUGGAAGGAAAUGUUUUUGGUAAUUCCUGGUUUGAGCAUGUCAAGAGCUGGUGCUCCCACAAAGAUGAGAUGAACUUCUUGUACAUUACAUAUGAGGAGAUGAUCAAGGACUUGCGGUCAGUGGUUGAAAGGAUCACUUCGUUCUUGGAGAGGAACUUGACACCACAGCAGCUGAAUGAUGUUGUUGAGCAUAGUACCUUCAAAAAUAUGAAGAACAAUCCUCAGGCCAAUUACCAGCAGGUCCCUGUCAUCCUGCUGAACCACCAGCUGGGAGCAUUUAUGAGGAAAGGAACAGUUGGUGAUUGGAAGAACUACUUCACUGUGGCACAGAAUGAAAGAUUUGACAAAGUGUACCAACAGAAGAUGAAAGAUGUUCCUCUUUCUUUCAUCUGGGACAUGAGUGAUCUUGUCACACCAUGAUUUAUUCAGUCUCAUCGUGUGUACUCAGCAGGGUUUGAAAUCAGAAAAGUAAAAAAAAAAAAAACAACCUUGACCCUUCGGAGCUGUAAUAUAUACAGUAUAAAGUACAAGCAGAUAUAUCAUUUGUUUCCUUUUUAAAUUGCAUACAGUCAGGUCCAUAAAUAUUGGGACAUCGACACAAUUCUAACAUUUUUGGCUCUAUACACCACCACAAUGGAUUUCAAAUUAAAUGAACUGUCAGCUUUUUGGUCCCUUAAAGUGGGAGGCACAUAUGCAAACUGUUGUAAUUCCUACACCGUUCACCUGAUUUGGAUGUAAAUACCCUCAAAUUAAAGCUGACAGUCUGCAGUUAAAGCACAUCUUGUUCGUUUCAUUUGAAAUCCAUUGUGGUGGUGUAUAGAGCCAAAAAUGUUAGAAUUGUGUCGAUGUCCCAAUAUUUAUGGACCUGACUGUACAUAUACGUGACAUAAAUCAGUGCUGUCCUCUUCUGGAACAUUGUGUUUUGCAAUUAUCAUUCAAAAAGAAGAGUAUCUGUAUAAAAAUAUUAAAUUCUACAUCUGUGGCUUGUGCUUUUUGUUAGUGAAAUAAACAGCUGUUUCAGUCAAGCAAAAUUAAAUGAAUACCAAACAUUUAAAUAUUGAUACAUAUUAUAAAUAAAAUGUCAAUCAGAAACUCUGAACUAGAAUAAUUUGAUUUUCAUCAGAUUCCUGAGAUUUCUUUUUUCUCAGUUUUUUUUAAAGCAUUCAUUUAAUAUGCUAAAGCUUUUUGGGAAACUUUUUAUUUUACUGUA